ACGCUCUGUUUACAUAAUGGUACUGCCAGAACAGUCUGGAGCUGGUCCUUCACGGCAGCCUUCGUCCCUUGUGCAGAACACCGAGAGGACUCCGCUCUUGUCCAGUGCGUCGGAGGAUGCGCAUGGGAGUCAUGAUGGAUAUGAGGGACGACAGCGGUUGACGGAUGAGGAAAUCGGUGCUUAUGAGCGUCGUCCUACAAGUUCUUGGGUGGCUAUCAUCGCUGCUGUUCUGUUUUUGCUUGGGAUCAUUGCGGCGAUCAUCACCCUUCUCAUUAAGCUGCCGCCGGUCGCAGAUCGAUAUGCACAUGAGGCGAUGACAUAUUCGUUCUACAACGCGAGCGUGUUGAACUUCACUGAUGAGGGUAUUUGGAUGCAAGCUCGAGGUUCCGUGGGGUUGGAUGCGUCCCGCGUUGAUGACAAGUUUAUCCGGAGAGUCGGGAGGUGGGGGACGGGUAUUGUGAGAAAGGUGCACUUAUCGGAGUUUUCCAUGGAAGUCACUCUGCCGGAUUACGAUGGCUUCUCUCUGGGGAUUGCCGAUGUUCCGGCCAUGACCGUGGACAUCCGUGAUGGGCAUGAGAAUGACAUCGAUGUUAUUACAUUGGUCAAACCAGCGGAUAACCUCGAUAAGCUCAUGCCUCUCCUCCACGACUACAUGGACGGGAAGCUCUCCCGGAUCACCGUGAAGGCAGACUCCUCAGCCAAGGCAAAAGCGGGCUGGUUUCCGAUCGGCACCCGCAAAGUAUCAGAACGCAUGACUUUCGACAAUCUCCCAACCUUCUCAAACCCAGACAUUAGCAACAUCCUGCUCAGCGAUCCGGCAGACGAUACUAACGGAAUCGAAGUCUCUGCUGAUGCGCACAUGCGUAACCCGAGUCCUGUAGGGCUGACAGUGCCGUCUCUUGACUGGCAGAUUCUGUUGCCGCGGUGUUCGCCGGAGGAGUUGGUGGAGCUGUCAAAAACCACUACGCCGUCGAUCCCGAUUGUACCCGAGAAGGACGUUGAGUUGCACCUCAGUGCCCAUGUCCCUCGCCUUGACCCAGCGUUGACCGCGGUAUGCGACGGGAGAAAUACGAGCUCAAUGGACGAUUUCCUCUUAACCUACCUGGCUGGAAACGCAACCACUGUCUACAUCCGCGGCGUCCCCUCUUCAAAUACGCCCGCCUGGAUGUCACGCGUCCUCGAAUCUCUGACCCUACCUGUUCCGUUUCCCGGCCACAAAGCUGAAAACAUGAUCAAGAACUUCCAGAUGUCCAACGUCAAACUCUCCAUCGCAGCCGGCAUCCCACUUGUCAGUGCCGUAAUCGAGGUAACCGUCGGCUUACCUUCUGAGAUGCAACUCGGCGUGAACGUCACGAAGGUCCGAGCAUCUAUGGUCGAUCUCUACGAUGGACCGGACAAAUUCGGGAGGUUGGAGAUGAAGGACUUCGCGCCUGCUAUUUCGAGGAGGGAUGAUGAGGGUGAUGUAGUGGUUAAGACGGAUAUUUCGAAUGUUCCGUUUGAGGUUACGGAUGGGGUGGUGUUUAGGGGGAUUAUGAGGAGUGUUAUUUUUGGUGGGAAGGAUGUGGUUAUUGGGAUGCAAGGUUCCGUCGACGCAGGCAUCGAGUCCGGGAUGGGCGACUUUGUGGUUAGGAAUUUGCCAGCGGUGGGUGAGAUUGGGAUGAACGGCCUUCCGAUGUCCGAGUUCGAGCCCAAGUUCGAGGGGAUGAAGCUGAUGGGCACCACGCAUUCGUCGAUUACGUUUGGUGCGGAUGCGAGGAUGAAUAACACGACGCCGUAUGGAGGGGUAAUACCAUAUAUGAACGUGCACCUGAUAUAUAAUGGGUCUGUUAUUGGGGAUGCGACGGUGAGGGAUUUGAAAGUCCGAGCGGGGGAGCCGUUCGUGGCACAUGGGCAAGCGGUCUUUGAUCCGGGGCAUUAUGGGGGGAAGACUGCGAAGGAGGCUGGGGCGAAGUUUAUCUCUGCGUAUGUCUCGAAGGAGAAUCUGACGAUGACGUUGAGGACGCAUCGAGAAUCAAUUCCGUCGUCACCAAAUUUGUCAGAGGCGAUGGCUGGGUUGGAGUUUUCGAUGCCGGUCCCGGAGAUGUUCCCGCCUGCUGAUGGCGAAGAGGGGCAUGAUCGCGAGUUCAUGAGAGAUGCGACUUUCCAUGUCCUUUCCUCGUCCGCGAACUUCAUAUUGCACGACCCGUUCCCGGAGACACGGUUGAUCAUCUACGAUAUCGAAGGGAACGCAACACACGACGGUACAUUCCUCGGGCGACUUGCGUAUGAUCAGCCGUUCACACUCUACCCCGGCGAUACGGAAACGCCCAAGUUCCCUGUCUACUGGGAUCCAAGUGGCGUGGGUAAGGACAUCGUGAAGAAGGCUCUUGGAGGCAAUUUGAAGAUCGAUGCUGUGGCAAAGUGUUUGGUGAGCGUGGGGACUAUGAAGCCGAUUUGGGUGGGGUACAACGCAACUGGUAUAGGUGCGAGGGUUAGGAUAUAG